CCGGCGACGCGCAGCCGGGCCCGCUCGUCCUGCGCUCAGCCAGUGUCCGGCCGCGGGCCGGCGUUAGUGACUGGGGCUGCGGGCCCGGCGCGGGCGCGGGCUGCCUUCGUCGCCCGGAGCGAGCCGCCGCCCGCGAGCCGCCGCGGAGCCUCCCUGCCGCUCCCGCCGGCGAGCAAGAUGAUGUGCGAGGUGAUGCCCACCAUCAGUGAAGCAGAAGGCCCCCCAGGAGGCGGCGGGAGCCAUGGGUCUGGCUCCCCGUCACAGCCAGAUGCAGAUUCCCAUUUUGAGCAGUUGAUGGUCUCCAUGCUGGAAGAGAGGGACCGUCUCCUUGACACGCUGAGAGAGACCCAGGAAACGCUGGCCUUGACCCAGGGGAAGUUACACGAGGUUGGGCAUGAGAGAGACUCCCUGCAGAGGCAGCUCAGUACUGCCCUUCCUCAGGAGUUUGCAGCACUUACUAAAGAACUCAAUGUGUGCAGGGAACAGCUCCUUGAAAGAGAAGAAGAAAUUGCUGAACUAAAAGCGGAAAGAAACAACACGAGGCUGCUGCUAGAACAUUUGGAAUGCCUUGUGUCCAGGCACGAGAGGUCUCUCAGGAUGACUGUGGUGAAGAGGCAGGCACAGUCUCCAGCAGGCGUGUCCAGUGAAGUUGAAGUCCUAAAAGCACUAAAAUCACUAUUUGAGCACCACAAAGCUCUGGAUGAAAAGGUAAGAGAGCGGUUACGAGUAGCACUUGAAAGGUGCAGUUUGUUAGAAGAGGAAUUGGGUGCCACACACAAAGAGCUAAUGAUUCUUAAAGAACAGAAUAACCAGAAAAAAACACUAACAGAUGGGGUGCUUGACAUAAACCACGAGCAAGAAAACUCGCCAAGCACGAACGGACAGAGAUCAUCGGACGGCUCUUCAAGCCACGAGGAAGACCUUGCCAAAGUAAUGGAGCUCCAGGAAGUCAUAGACAAGCAGUCCCGAGAGCAGAGCCAGAUGAAGGAGCGCCUGGCCGCCCUCGGCAGUCACGUGACGGAGCUGGAGGAGGACCUGGACACGGCCAGGAAAGACCUCAUCAAGUCUGAGGAGGUGAACACAAAGUUGCAGCGAGACGUCCGGGAGGCCGUGGCCCAGAAGGAAGACAUGGAAGAGAGAAUCACUACCCUCGAGAAGCGCUACCUCGCGGCACAGCGUGAAGCCACUUCUGUGCAUGACCUCAACGAUAAACUUGAAAAUGAAAUUGCAAAUAAGGAUUCUAUGCACCGACAGACCGAGGAUAAAAACCGCCAGUUGCAGGAGCGCCUGGAGCUGGCAGAGCAGAAGCUGCAGCAGACGUUGAGGAAGGCGGAGACGCUGCCCGAGGUGGAGGCCGAGCUGGCCCAGCGGGUGGCUGCGCUCUCCAAGUCUGACCUCUUGUCUUCUGGAAGCUCUGCUGCUAAGGAAGCUAAGCUGUUGGGACUUACUUCCCAGCUUAGGAAGGCCGAAGAGAGACACGGCAACAUCGAGGAGAGGCUCCGCCAGAUGGAGGCGCAGUUGGAGGAGAAGAAUCAAGAGCUGCAGCGGGCAAGGCAGAGAGAAAAAAUGAAUGAAGAGCAUAAUAAACGUUUAUCAGACACUGUUGAUAAACUUCUUUCAGAAUCUAAUGAGAGGCUUCAGCUUCAUCUUAAAGAGAGAAUGGCUGCCCUGGAAGAUAAGAAUUCCCUAUUACGAGAAGUUGAAAAUGCAAAAAAGCAGUUAGAAGAAACACAACACGACAAGGAUCAGCUUGUGCUGAACAUGGAAGCGUUGAGGGCCGAGCUGGACCAGAUGAGGCUGAGGGGCACAUCUCUCCACCAUGGCCGACCGCAUCUGGGCAGUGUCCCAGAUUUCAGGUUCCCCGUGGCGGAUGAUCCCACAGACUCAUACGGCAGCAGCGCAGUGUUGCGGCGCCCGCAGAAGGGCCGUGCGGCGGCUCUGCGAGACGAGCCUUCCAAGGUACAGACUCUGAACGAGCAGGACUGGGAGCGUGCCCAGCAGGCAAGUGUCCUGGCACAUGUGGCUCAGGCAUUCGAGAGUGACGUCGACGUGUCUGACAGCGAAGAGGACAGGGAGGCCCUCUUCAGCCCAGCUGGCCUGCUGUCACCCAGUGGGCAGGCCGACGCCCAGACGCUGGCCAUGAUGCUUCAGGAGCAGCUGGACGCCAUCAACAAGGAGAUCAGGCUGAUACAAGAAGAAAAGGAAAACACAGAGCAGCGGGCAGAGGAGAUCGAGAGCAAGGUCGGCAGCGGGAGUGUAGACAGCCUUGGUCGUUUUAGAUCAAUGAGCUCUAUCCCCCCGUACCCUGCCUCCUCGCUGGCUGGCUCCUCCCCGCCGAGCAGCGGGCGGUCCACCCCCCGCAGGACGCUGCACAGCCCGGCCAGGGAGGUGGAUAGACUGGGCGUCAUGACCCUGCCUAGUGACUUAAGGAAACAUCGCAGAAAGUUGCCAGCUUCUCGAGAAGAGGUACGAGAUGACAAGACAACGAUAAAAUGUGAAACCUCACCCCCACCAUCCCCAAGAUCCCUCCGGUUGGACAGUCCGUACAAAGGAGCACAGCACACGGUCAGCCACGAGGAUGUCAGGGACGCGAGAAACUCUACGGGCUCCCAGGAUGGCCCUGUGAGCAAUCCCAGCAGCAGUAACAGUAGCCAGGACUCGCUCCACAAAGCCCCCAAGAAGAAGGGCAUCAAGUCCUCCAUUGGCCGCUUGUUUGGCAAGAAAGAAAAGGGCCGACCUGGACACACCGGCAAGGACUCUUUCGGGCAAGCUGGUGUCUCGGAGACAGAGAGCUCGUCUCAGGGUGCCUUGGGGCUCAGCAAACUGGGAGGACAGGCUGAAAAAGACCGUAAACUGCAAAAAAAGCAUGAAUUGCUCGAAGAAGCCCGAAGACAAGGUUUACCGUUUGCACAGUGGGACGGGCCGACCGUCGUCGUCUGGCUGGAGCUCUGGGUUGGGAUGCCAGCCUGGUACGUGGCUGCUUGCCGGGCCAACGUGAAAAGCGGGGCCAUCAUGUCCGCCCUGUCAGACACAGAGAUCCAGCGCGAGAUCGGCAUCAGCAACCCCCUGCACAGGCUGAAGCUGCGGCUGGCCAUCCAGGAGAUCAUGUCCCUGACGAGCCCCUCGGCGCCGCCCACGUCACGAACGACCACAGGAAAUGUCUGGUUAACGCACGAGGAGAUGGAGACGCUUGCAGCCACGCCUCAAACGGAAGAUGAGGAGGGAAGCUGGGCUCAGACGCUCGCCUAUGGGGACAUGAACCACGAGUGGAUUGGCAACGAGUGGCUGCCCAGCCUGGGCCUCCCGCAGUACCGCAGCUACUUCAUGGAGUGCCUCGUGGACGCGCGGAUGCUGGACCACCUGACGAAGAAAGACCUCCGGGGGCAACUGAAGAUGGUGGACAGUUUUCACAGAAACAGUUUCCAGUGUGGAAUUAUGUGCCUGCGAAGGUUAAAUUAUGACCGAAAGGAACUGGAAAGAAAAAGAGAAGAAAGCCAGAAUGAAAUAAAAGACGUGCUUGUGUGGAGCAACGACCGAGUGAUCCGCUGGAUCCUGUCCGUUGGUCUUAAAGAAUAUGCCAACAAUCUCCUGGAGAGUGGCGUGCAUGGCGCGCUUAUGGCCUUAGACGAAACCUUCGAUUUCAAUGCGCUGGCCCUGCUGCUGCAGAUCCCAACGCAGAACACACAGGCUCGUGCUGUCUUGGAAAGAGAAUUCAACAACCUUUUGGUAAUGGGGACUGACAGAAGAUUCGAUGAAGACGAUGACAAAAGCUUCAGGAGAGCGCCUUCCUGGAGGAAAAAGUUCAGACCCAAGGACGUCCGCGGCUUAGCUGCCGGGUCAGCAGAGACGCUCCCCGCAAGCUUCCGGGUCACCUCGUCUCUGUCCUCACCCUCCGUGCAGCCAAAGAAGAUGCACCUGGACGGCAGCAUGUCAGGAGUGCAGAGGCUGGAUUCCGCUGCAGUCAGGACUUACUCCUGCUGAAGCCUCCUGUUGUUUACCCGCACUACUUCUACCGGUGAUCGCAGCGUUUGGGACCCAGCUGACUGCAUCUUAGAACUCAAUGGACUCUUUCAUCUGUUAAUACUUGUUAUAUGGACCCUAAGAUAUUUUAUUACAGAGUUUUUAAUUAGUGAAAAAUUCAUGAAUAUCAUAGAGAAAAUAUUUUAGAAUUUAAUGUUUCUUAUAUUUAUGUAAACUUAUGACUUCAUUUAUAUAGUUACUUACUUUUUCAUGUAUAUCCAGGCUAUAAAUAUCCUUUGAAAAUAAAUUCAUGUUCUUAUAUCUAAUUUUAGUCUUUGAAAUGAAUGUACUGUAAUGCUUAUAUGUAUAAAUCCUAUGAACAAAUAUAGGGCUUUUGUAAAUUAUGCAUUUACUGUAAUUAUCAUUGUUUAAUUUUUUAAUAAUAAAUCAUGACGGAGAAGAGGCCUUCACUGCGCGCACGUCAUCGCGCACAGUGUGCGCCACCCUCUACAGAUGUGACCUGGCUCUACAACACCGGGUUUGAGAUAAGCAGACUUAUUUUCAAGCAGUUGAGGUUGUAUUUAAAUGAUUGACCGUAACUAUACUUUUUUUAGCAAGAAAUGCUUUUUUCUGCAGCAUGAACAGGUUUUGAAAUAUUUGAUGUUAAAUAUCAGCUUCUAAUAAAAUUUGGACUGAAAGGAUUAUUAGAACACUAUGAAACCCCCUUAGGACCAGUCGACUCUCAUAGCCUAGUGGACGGUCAUGAGACUGUGGACUUGGAUGGCUUGUCCUCAGUGAUGGGCAGAAGCCAUGAGCUGGGAACAGGUCUCAGCGGGAGGAGACUGGGGGUAAGGGACCCCGACGUCUGCCCUGGCCUCCUCCCCCUCAAGGAGGGUCGGAAGGCGCCACUCAAGCACUUGAGGACCAACCACGAAGCACUGUGCCCCCCCACCCCCACCCCAGCGGAUGGAGACUCGGGAUCCUGGGAAUAAUGUGGUGCAACUUGACAAAGGCCUUAUUUUUCCUGUGUAAAUCAUCUUUUUACAUUUGUUUGUAAACACGUUUAAAGAAUGGACCUAGUGGUCCAUUUUUAGAUUUUGAUGAUGUAGCUGUUUGGGUUGUUUAAGUAGCAAAUGUAACUUACUUUUUAAAUGGCAUAUUAAAAAGCCAGCAAGAAGUACAUUCAGAUCAUGAUGCGUUAUUUAUUAAGCAGCUGAUAACCAGACAGAUAGGGACGCGCGUCUUGUUACAUUUUGUUUCCGCUUCUAAUUUGUAUAAUUCAUUGUUACCGUUCUGUUUUUCUGUUAAUCUUUUGUGAACUUCCAAUUAUGUAACAAAGUGUGUACAGUUUACUUCUGAACUAUUUUUAUCACAGUAUUAUUUAUUGCUGUCUUUCAAUAAAGUACUGAAGCAUUUUCCACUGCCA